AUGUUCUUUCCUGGCUCCAUCCUCUCAGCAAAAAGUGCAUUUCAGUCAUCAUCCUGCUCGAUUCCCGAAUUUGUGUGCAACUUGGGAGCAUGGCUAUCUCGAUCACCUAUUUUAAAAAGUUAUGCAGAAAUUCUUAGCAAGAAUGAAGAAAAAGAAUCCUUGCUUAAAUUGGAUGAAUGUAUCAGACACGAUGCACUUCAAGCUUUUCGCGCAUCUAUUGCAGAGCCACUGUUACAACUGAGCUGCUCAGACCAGGGUUGUCUAGUGAUAGCAGUUGAUGGAGUGGAUGAAGCCGAAUUUCAUAGAAGUGAAGAUGGUCGAUCGAUAGGUAUUUAAUU